CUUUCAACGCUCCCAAAAGUCUCUCGCUCGUUCAAUUAGAAAACAAAGGAAACAAACAUUUUUUCUCAAUGGAUGGAACACUUGAAAUACGAGUCAUACAACCAGAGGAAGCCCAUAAAAUUGUCAAAUUUCUUGUGGAAAACUUUUUCGCUCAUGCUCCAUUAAGCAGUUGCCAUCCCAAGAAUGUGCUCACAGCUGAAGAUGAAGCUAAACUUUGCAAAUGCAUUGAGAUCUAUGGCUGUAGCAUAAUGGCUCUAGAGGGUGAUGAGCUGGUUGGUGUUUGUGUUGCUUUGCCUAAAAACAGAUCAUCUAUAGACGAAUAUUUCCAGCAAGCCGACGAAUUGGGCAAGGAUAAUAAAAAUGGACAGAUUUUAAGAUUGUUGGGUGAGGUGAAUCGCGAUGCUGGUAUUUUCGAUCGCUACGGAGUGGAAGAAAUCCUUUAUCUCUUUUUGGCAUCGGUGGCAACUAGUCAUGGAGGUCGCAAUAUAGCAACUCGUAUGACCCAAGAAUGGAUGCGUCUGGGCAAACUGUGGAAUUACCAGGUUUUAUCAAUGGACUGUAGCAGCUACUACUGUGCUCGUGUCUGUGAACGAUUAGGCAUGGAAUGUCUAAACACAGUGCUAUUUGAUGAGUAUCGAGAUGAUAGUGGAAAUCCGAUAUUCAAACCGGCAUUGCCGCAUGUGGCAAUGAAAACAUUUGCUCAACGUUUGUAGAUAAGUUGGGAUACCCUGCACCAGAGUGUAUAUGUAUGAGCAAGAUUCUCCAUCUGCGAUUUUACGAAUUUGCCCAUGUUUAUUCCAUUUAGGAACAACGGGAAUACUUCUCUUUUAUCAAUGAGUACUGUCCGGAUAACGAUUACCUAAAGUUAUUUACCUCACAAUUUACGCCCGCACUAGGAGGAGAUAACCUAGGCGUUUGGCGUCGAAGGCGGACAUGUUAACCUCUGCGCUACGAUGGGCUCUAAAGAUUCUUUAUGUGGGUUAAUAAAUGCGAAAUUUAUAUUAGAAUUGAUUU